AUGGCCAAAACUUUCUCUCUCUUCCCUGUCUUAAUUUUCUUGGUGAUGAACUCUUUCAUGGCUUCCUCACACACUAUGACCAACCUCACCACAGAUGAAUCAGCUCUUCUAGCAUUCAAAGCCCACAUAACUUCAGACCCUUAUAACAUCUUGGCAACCAACUGGUCCACCUCAACCACUAUUUGUAAUUGGACUGGUGUCUCUUGCAGCGUUCGUCAUCGGAGAGUCACUGCCUUGAAUCUCUCUGACAUGGGUCUCCAAGGCACCAUCGCUCCGCAUCUGGGAAACCUCUCAUUUCUAGCUUCACUUGACAUUAGUUUUAACAGUUUUCAUGGCUUUCUACCCCAAGAACUAGCUCACUUGGGUCGGUUGAAAGAGGUUGAUUUGUCAUUUAAUGAGUUCACCGGACAGAUACCCUCUUGGUUUGGAACCUUCACAGAUCUUCAACACAUGCGCUUGUACAAUAAUUCUUUCCAGUGUUUUGGAAGAUCCUCUGCUUUAGCUUCAACUUCAAUGGUGGAAUUAAUUGCAAGGUUUAGGUUCUCAUGA